GGGAAGGAAAAGAUGAGAAGUGGGUGACGAGGCGAGAGGUCAAUGAUCUUGGUCACAUUACCACUAGACAUUUUAUGGGGUUACACAUAGAGACAAAUAUAGUGGUUUUACUGUAGGUUGAAGAUAUAAAGACAAUUUCAUGCUGCAUAUUGAUUUCCAUGUGUCCGGUGACUAGAUACCUUAGUAGUUAUGAUUAUCUCAGAUAAUCUUAUGCAGACACAGAUUUAAUUUCUGGCCUUAAUGGUUUUCAGAAUCUGAAAAGAAAGGAGCGGGAGUAUGAGCAUGAGAUGGAGCGUCUUGCGCGGGAAAAGAUUGCUCAUCAACAGAACCUGGCGACUCUGAAGAAAGAGUUGUCAGCUCGCUGGGACCAUAUUGACUUCAGUACCCUCCUGCCUGAUGCAGCGUCUCUUGACCAGCACCGCGAUAAGGAGACCAAGUCCACAACCACUGCCUCUGAGCAGCCAGACCUGGACGAAGAGGCUGCAAGGGAUGCAGGCACACAGGCCUCUCCUAGCACCUCCAGUGACCCUCCCUCCUCACUCUCCCCACGUCUGCACAUUAACCAAUCUCAGGGGACUCCAAGCUUUACAACCAUUGAAACCACAAACAUAAAUGGCCUCGGUGCUGCUGGUCCCAGAGAAAACUUUGCAGACCCCAAUCAGCCAUUGAACCUGUCGACCAGCAUGGUUGAUUCAGCCAGAGCUUCUCCUCGGGGUCAGCAGGUGGUGAGCCAGGCAAGGUCCCCACACCACAAUGGUGAGUGGGGUGCCCGCCAGGCGUCCCCGCUUUAUGGCCAAGCUCAUUAUGACGCCACCACCAGUACCCAGGAGGAGGUCUGGGUGACACAUGCUGUCACGACCAUGACGCCCACAGUCACACGAGAUACCGUCACCACCGCACAUAGUGAACACCUUCCCAUCAUAGGCAACACUGGAAUCCACCUGCCAGCACAGCUGGUUGCAGGUGGAAUGCAGCUGAAUGGUGCUCCAGGGGGACUACUAGGGCAGACGGCCAUCCAGGUCAUCACGCCAGAAGGCUACAAAUUGUUACCUGCUGACCAUGGGCCCAAUGGUUCUAAACCCCUCACUAUCACUUUGGCACACCCUGCAGAAGGCUUGGAUAGGGCAGAUAAUGCAGAGGAGGUCAAAACAAGUGCAGGGCCCAUGAUGGUGGCCCUGAACAAGAAUGGCGUGUCUGCUCUACACCUGGCUGUCCCCACUACAGCCCGGUCACUCAAUCAGUCACAGGGCACUAAUGGAACAGUAACAACAGUACCACUGAAUCUGAGUGUCGGAGGGACAGCAACAGUGAAGGUUAGCCAGGCAGCCACAUCCUCCCUCAUACCAUCUUAUCUCCCAAUUACUCAUGCCAAUGGUAUCACACAGUUGGUGUCUGGUCUCGGUAGCAACAUGGGAACAUUGGUACCUGGGAUAGGUACACCUCUAGUUGCACCACUGGUUGUCUCACAACCUCAGCGUGCUGUGGUACCAUGCAAUGUCACAACUGUUGGAACCAAGGGCUUAAAAGCAACUGCAGUAGGAGGAAAUGCAACAAGUGUACCACUGGUACCAGCACAGUAUGCCACCUCUUUGACAGGAGGUGCUCUGGGCGGAUUAGUGAAGCCUGUUGUAGUUGUGUCUGCACCAGCGGCAGUAGCAGGAAUGAUGGCCGGAGCUCACACUGUAGCCUCCGGCAAGCCCUGAUGUGCACCAAGUGGAGACAAUCCCAGGAGAGUACAAGCCAUACCUCAGCUGUGGGCCACACGCGAGGCAGCCAGUCUCUACUCUAGCUCACAUUCACACCCACUCAUUGUUCAUCAUCAUUAAUUGUUAUCAUGAGAAACUAGUACAUAUUUUCAUGUUUAUUUUUAUGUGAGAUCUAACUUGUCAUUGUGGCAAGUUUCUCUGUGUACAUUUUCAUUACCAGUGAUGUCUAAGAUCAUAAGGAUAUCUGAACUAGUUAUUCUUAAUUUUUAAAAAUUUUAUUAGGAAAUUAUUUUAUAAGGUGGCCAGCCUAGAAUCUAGGUUGGACCAGGAAUUGUGUGGUAUUGAAGGUGACUUAUGGCCAGAACUGAUUCCCAGAUCUGGCCAGGCCACCAAACUGUGAUAGUGGUUCAUCUAGAGACCCUUUUUCUUUGAGGGUUUCUAGAUAGGACUCCAUUAUGCUAGUGUACGCUCACUGCUCAACAUGGCACGAGCUGCCAUAUAUGUGUUGCGAUCACUGGUGUAUAUAGCAUCACCCACCUGGUUGUUGGUGUUAUUGUUAUCUACCCUUGUUGUACUAUCUUGAAUAUGUAAUGUGUAUGUAUGCCUUUUUGACCAAAUGAUCCUUUUAAAGGUGACUAAAUGUUACUGUGGCUCCCCCUGUUGCUCUGCAUACAAAGUAUUGUAGAGUGUUUUGAUUGCUGACAGUGAUGACACCCCACUCAGGGUGACGCCGUUUCCCCCUUCCUCAGACCUGCCGCCCACUUUACACCAAAUGCCCCAAGUGUACAAAUUCAUCUGGUAUUCAGUUGUUACAUAAGAGUGUAUUGGCUGCGACAUACUGUACCAUGUGUUUUGUGUCACUCUGGGCGGCAGUCCUGUGCCAGAUCUCAGGGUUGACGGGGGUCUUGGCCCCUGCUCACCUCAGUGCAAACAAGCCAUACCCAAACCCUCUUAAUUGAUAGUAAAAUGUUUCAAAUGUC